GUACUAGCAGAGAGAGAGAGAGAGAGAGAGUAGAUCAGAUCUAGCUGUGUAGCAGAGCAAUGGAGCCCGACAUGGACGUGAGCUUCGAUUUCUCUUGGGAGGCCCUGGUGCUCGAGCUCGGCGACGCAAAUAACAUGUACCUGCCGGCCGAGGACUCUCUCUCCGGCCUGUACGACGACUCGACGAGCUCGCCGGACGGCGCCACCUCGCGGCCGACGACCAAGGCAACAACCAGCUUGGAGAGAAAGAACAUCAUCAACGAGAGGCGGCGGCGCCGGACGCUCAACGAGAAGCUCUACGCCAUCCGCCGUGUCGUUCCAAACAUCACCAAGAUGGACAAGGCGUCCAUCAUCCAGGACGCCAUCGCCUACAUCGAGGAGCUGCAGGAGCAGGAGCGCCAAAUCCUUGCCGCCCUCAGAACCGACGGCUCCACCGCCGUGGUCAAGGCCGAGGACGCCGCCUCGACCGGCAGCAACGGAGUGGACCAUGGCGCGGGCUCCUCGCCGGGGAAGAAGAUGAGGAGGACUACCUCUGCCUCCUCCAUUAACGGCGCCUUGUGUUCCGGUGCCACCCAACCGGUUCAAAUCCUCGAGUUGGAGGUGACGCAGGUAGCAGAGGAGUUGAUAAUGGUGAACAUGAGACAUGGCAAUGCCCACGAGGCCAUUGCAAAGGUGUGCGAGGCACUUGAGUCGCUCUGUCUUAAGGUCAUCUCGACAAGCAUCACCGCCGUGGCUAGUGGCAUCGUCCACAACUUGGUCGUUGAGACGGAAGGAUUGCAUGGUGCUCAAACAAUCAAGGAGAUGAUACAAACUCACUCAGCCAUCUUGAUGUGAGAAGAAGCUCACCGAUGUCUACGAGUCCCGGAUGAAGAUUAAGUAUUGCAAAUAAUGCACUAACAUGCAUCCCAACCAUCUAUGCUUUUGCCAUGUCGAUGUGACUAAUGUGCAUCCCAACUGCUACCUAUGCUCUAGUCAUGUCGAUGCGUACCUCAACAAGCUAUGCUCUAGUAUAAUCAAGGGAUGCACUAAUGGCAAUCCCCGCCAUGCUCAAGCAAUCAAGGAGAUCGUACAGACUCACUCGGUGAUCUCAAUCUGAGAAGAAGCCCACCGAUGUGCAUGAGCCCUGAUGAAGAUUAAGUACUGCAAAUAGGCUUCCUUCUGAUUUUUUGCUAAUUAAUCAGACAAUUAUAUUCUUAAUAAAUGGAUAGAGGCCUCCGGCCUAGUUGCAAGAAAAAAAGAUUAAGCGUCACAAAUAAUGCACUAUGGCCUCCCAACUACCUAUGCUCUAGUCCACUCUAGUACUAUAGCCAUCUUCUAAUAACUUUAUAGCAUUUGGAAUUAAUUGUACGGCCCAAGAAAUAAAUUUCAUAUUUGGGCUUGA